AUCAAACAUAAUCACUUUGAAAGAAGAAGAACAAUAAAAGACAAAAAAAAAACUUGUAAGAAAAUGGGAAGAGCUCCAUGCUGCGACAAGGCAAACGUGAAGAAAGGGCCAUGGUCGCCGGAAGAGGAUGGUAAGCUCAAGGAUUAUAUCGACAAAUAUGGCACUGGUGGCAACUGGAUCGCACUGCCGCAAAAAAUUGGAUUGAAGAGAUGUGGUAAGAGUUGCAGACUGAGAUGGCUUAAUUACUUAAGACCAAACAUCAAACAUGGUGGCUUUUCUGAGGAAGAAGACAGUAUUAUCUUGAGGCUUUACAUCAGCAUUGGAAGCCGGUGGUCUAUAAUUGCAGCUCAGCUUCCUGGAAGGACAGACAAUGAUAUCAAGAACUACUGGAACACUAAACUGAAGAAGAAGAUGCUCGGAAGACAGAAACAAAUGAAUUGUCAAGACUCACUUACAGAUUCAAAUGAAAACACUAUUAGCAACAACAACAACAAGAGUCCUCAAAUUUUGAGUAAUUCGGCGCUAGAGAGGCUUCAACUUCACAUGCAGAUUCAGAAUCUGCAAAGCCCUUUCUCUAGUUUCUACAACAACCCUAUCUUGUGGCCCAAGUUUCAUCCAUUGCUUCAGAAUACUACAACUAUCCCUGAUCAAAACGCUAAGCUUGCAUCUCAAGAAAGCUUCCACCCUUUAGGAGUUAACGUUCAUCAGAACAAUAGUAUCAAGCUAGCUGAGAUCAACAAUGGAGUAUCUCCUGUUUAUUCAGAAAACGUAGAGCAAUCCCUAAACCCUGCUCAGGGAUUUCACCCUAAUUGCGGUUUCUCUCAGGACCUUCAGUUAGAUAAUGGUUCUAAAGAGCUGUUUCUAGUGAGCAACGACUUUGAGAUAACGAAUAGUUCGCGUUGGUGGUCUGAGGAAGUGGAGCUAGAGAGGAAAACGACGUCUUCCAGUCCUUGGGGAUCAGCUUCUGUUCUUGAUCAGACGACUGAAGGAAUGGUUAUGCUCCAAGAUUACGCUCAGAUGAGCUACCACAGUAUGUAAAAAUUUAUAUCAUGCAUAUAUAUGUAUGUAUUACUUACUAUAGGAAUGGAUUACUGAUGAAUUAUGUAUUAUUACGGUCAUAAGCUUAUAGCAUGCUCAUGA